AUGAGAUAUGGUGUUCCAAACUUGACGUCCAGUCCAGCUUGCAAUUCGCCGAUCGCCGGUUUUCCGAUUCAGAUUUACAGAGAGAAAAUGGUGAGAGCGCCAUGCUGCGAGAAGACAGGAUUGAAGCGAGGACCAUGGGCACAGGAAGAAGACGACCUUCUGAUCGAUUACAUCAACAAAAACGGCCAUGGAAGCUGGCGAUCUCUCCCCAAACUCGCUGGUCUUCUUCGUUGCGGGAAGAGUUGUCGUCUCCGGUGGACAAAUUACCUCCGGCCAGACAUCAAACGCGGUCCCUUCACCCUCGAAGAAGAAAAACUUGUCAUCCAGUUACACGCCAUACUUGGCAACAGGUGGGCUGCAAUUGCUGCCCAGCUACCCGGAAGAACAGAUAACGAGAUCAAGAACUUAUGGAACACUCACUUUAGAAAGCGUCUCAUGUCCAUAGGCAUUGACCCACAAACACACGAACUGUAUAGUUUAUAUGGCUCGUCGAAACGACUCCCAGCCUCGCCUUCCACCCGCCACAUGGCGCAAUGGGAGAGCGCCAGGCUGGAAGCCGAGGCAAGACUCUCAAUGGAGUCUUCUUCAAUACUCGCGUCACCUAAAAUAACCAACACCGACCAUUUCCUACGUGUUUGGCAAUCAGAAGCCGGUGAAUGUUUCAGAAACAUUAAGAGGAAGCCGGACUGCUUUAGUCCGGCUUCCCAAGCCUCGGUCUUGAUUUCUGGCACUACUGAACCGGAUUCAAGAUUCGAAGAGGCCAUAACUUUCUAUCAUGGGUCGAGCCCAAGUGAAGUGGAGGAUUCAUCUUAUACCGCACUUGAGUCCUUCUUUGAUUUCCAUGACCACAAUGAUAUGAGCUUCUUAGAAGCUCACUCCAAUUAAAAUUCCCUUUGUAUGCUUGUCUUUGAGGUCUCACAUUUAUUCCUAUAAAUCACAAUUUUUUUUUUUUUGGCCAUGUUGGUUGUGAGACCGAUUGGUAGGGCGUAACUUUAGUAUAUGAAAGCUCAAGUUCUUUUUUCCCAAGUCUUCAUUGUAUUUUAAUGAGUGGUGAC